AACAAAACACCCUUGACAAUUUUCGUUUCAAAAGCUGUCCUUCGUUGGUUAUAUCCUACUACGCUUGCUCUACUCCACAUCCAGUUGUAGAUUCACAGUUUCUCCAGCUUUCAGCUUCUACUAUUGUGUUCAUAUUGUUACUGUAGAAGCAUUUUUACGCUCAUUUAUUGACAUUUAUUUGUGGUACUCACUCCAUCAAAUUCUCCAAUAAUACACUUAUCAUUCUCCACACUAUCACAAACCUCCUUGGAUAGGCAUAUUCAGAACGUAUAUUACUGAUACGUAUCCUUUUUCUUUUCAUACACUUGCAGGUUUCAAAAUGAAUUUCUACAGUCUCAUCAUCGGCUUGUUUUCACUUCUCACCCUUUCAGCUGCACUCGCAAAUCAAGAUAAUGAUGUGGAUACCACCACCACCACAAACUUGAAACCGACGCCUACUUCUGUGUGGACUACCCAGACGGUUGGCGGAGUGACUACAGUUUUCCAAACCGUUUACUCACAGUCGUUCAUGAAAACUUUUGUUGAUGCCAACACAGACGAUGUCAAGUCAGGUGCCAUAGGUGUAGGUAGCGCUUCCAACACAUUAGGAGAAAUCAGAAGUUACCAGCAAACUACGAUUGUGGAAGGUGCUGCUGGACAUGCUGGUGUUUAUUCGGGAGCCAUGGGCGCUCUCGCAUUGGUGUUGGGUCUAAAGGAUUUAACUACCAGAGAAGUUCAAGAGUAA